AUGGCUAGCACGUCUCCGGUUAUUCUUAUUCUCGGAUCAGGUCCCAAUAUUGGGCAGCAUGUGGCUGAGGCCUUUGCCGCAAAGGGCUACAAAGCUGCGCUUGCAUCUAGAAGUCGUAAGGAAGAAGAUAGCAACGCGGACCAAAUCCAUAUUUCUGCCGACCUAUCAGAUCCUCAUUCUGUGAAGGGCAUCUUCUCGAAAGUUGAGGCAUUACUCGGCCUACCAAGCGUUGUUGUUUACAAUGCUGCUGCUGUGACUUUGAACAAUCCAGAUGAUCCUCUAUCUCUUCCCUUGGCUGAGUUUAGUCGUGACUUCCACAUCAAUACGACUAGUGCGUUUGUCGCUAUGCAACAGGCGGCUUUAGGCUUCGAGCAACUCCCUAAGUAUAGGUCUAAGACCUUUAUCUACACUGGUAAUGUACUUAACGAGACCACUAUAGCCAAUCUUUUUGAUGCUGGUGUGGGUAAAUCCGCAACGGCCUACAUCAUUCGCUCUGCUGCUACCGCGUACUCUAAUAGAGGUUUUAAAUUCUAUUAUGCCGAUGAGCGGAAGGCUGAUGGGGCUCCCGCAUACUUUGAGGUCGAUGGAGAGGCACAUGGAAAAUUCUAUACUGAGCUCGCGGAGCACAAGGUUCAGGGUCCUUGGCAACAGGCUUUUGUCAAGGACAUAGGAUACAAGCACUUCCUAGCUUGA